UCUUCAUACGUAGGUGAUAAAUAUAUUGUAGACCUUUUUUUAUACUAUUUAUCAUAUAUAUAUAUAGAUGUGUCGGUCAUAGAACCAUAGCGUAACAUAAGCGUAUAUGCCUCUGUCUGAAUAAAUACUACACAUGGAAGACUACUGACCGCUCAAUAUUGCGACGCGUGCGCUUCUCAGCCUGAAAAUACCGGAGUCGCUUCAAUGCUACAGACGUAUAAGCGUGUUAAUCAAUGAUGGCAGAAAUGGACGUAGCAGCCAUGAUCAUGAACGACUCCAGUUGUGCUCUUUGUAAACUGGGCCCUCCACCUAAUAUGAUUCUUCACCUCCCACCUCCACCAAUUCCAUCUUUUCUUCAACAUGCAUCAGAAUUUUACCCAAAUUCAGAAUCAUUACCGUUCCCCCCACAUGUUAAUGACAGUCCGUGUAAGCACCUGUGCGAUUGGCGUUCCGAGGGAGUGCAGUACAUCGAGAUGCCUCAACAAGGGACCGUCUUUGAUGACACAUGGUUACUUGUCUUAAUAUCAUCUUGCAUUGGAGUCAUCUUCGUUGGAAUAUUACUAGCAGCAUUGCUGUUAAAAUGCAAAUUUAAUGGCGGCGGUAAGAACGGCGUGAUUUCAAUGCCAGCAACUGCAUCUAAUAUGCAAGCAAAAAGUGGACGAAUUCAAAGUGAGGCUGUUCUGUAUCCAUGUGCAGCAGAUGCAAUGCAAGACAGCCGUGUAAUGUGGGCAACACUUACACCCCGAGGAACUACUCGUCAUUACUUAGAAGAACAUACCUACGAAACUAUUGGCAAUGGACAAUUUCAUAAGCGUGCGGCAACAGUGACACCAACGGAGCAUACUUACGCAGAACCUCCUGUUAGUUCACCUGCAAAUCCAAGACCAAAGGAUGACAAAGCAUUUGACAACACAGCAUUUGUAGAUUACGAAGAACCCUUGUCGCUCAGAACUGAAUACUAUCAACUUGAUGAUGUUUUGGAACCCAACGAACCAGGUAUUUUUGGAAUGCAAAGAGGAACUCUACGCCCACGAGUCAGCUCUCCUACGAGAAUUGAACAUCCGAAUCUGCCACCGUUAAACCUUCAUCCUCAUAAACGAUUGUCACGCAAGGCUUCUGUCCAUCAACCGAAUACGGAUACAUUGCUGAGAAGCAGUAUCGCAUCAUCAACUUAUAUUCCUACCAUAUAAUUUGGAGAAUACUUAAUCAAGUUGAUGAAACACAAAGACUUUUUCAAGUAGCAGUAGUGGAAUUCUUGCUAUAUGGAAUAUAGUAGAGUACCCAGACUGAAGACGAAUUGUAUUGUAUCACGUUUCUAUUCUUUUUUUACAGGUUAUUUGAAAUAUUAACAGUAUUAAUGAUAUUAUCACAGAUAAUACAGAAGAAUAAAUAAUAAUGGGAUAGUGUAAAUUAUUAGAAAAGCAGUGUACGAAAGUCAAGCAAGACAAGAAUAGGAAAGUGAAAGGAAUUCGACGAUAUUUCUCAUUAAGCUAUAUGUUUUAAUUAAAGUGCAUACUCUUUUCUAUCGAAUAUCAUCGCUAAGAGACUCAUUAUUAAAAGACAGAUUAACAAUCUCACUGUAAAUGAGACAAAAUAUGUAAGCUUUAUGUGAAAUCAAUUUGUAUGUCAAUAAACGAUCUUACACGUAUUUCAUAUGACUAUCUUCAAACGCGCAUCUUAAGAUAUAGAUACAGUAUAAAAUGGCAUUAAGAACUUGAUCAGAAUCCAUUAUGAAUUCUGAAUACUUAUUUUGAAAAUCAUCACUAAAUAUCACUUUCUUAAAUAUGUCUCAAUUUGUUCCAAUAAAAAAGAAUAUGGACGAAACAGAAAUAUUCUCCUACAUCUUCACCCAUUUUUUUGGAUUCACCCGUCGUUAGAAAAAUAGAAUUAGUAUCUGACGAUUUUUGUAAAAACUGGUUAUCAAUUUCUUUAUAUAUGCGACAAAUGGAAUCACAUACGUUCACAUAAUCACAAUUUGAUUAUGAUUUGAUACGCAACAUUGUGCAAAUGAGAACAAAUAUCACUGUGCAUAGAAAUAUGUUUCAAUUAAUAAAAAACUAUUUAUUCUUGUAAAAAGAA